AUGGCCUUGAUGCCGCAUAUACUUGUCCACAACUUUUGGGACGUUCUGACUAUUACAAUAGAAAAUUUGACCUUAGUUUUGUCGGUGCAUAUAUUUGGUCUAAACUUUGGAAUUAGAAGAUUUUGGGUCAUUGAAAAGUUCACAAAGACAGUAAUUAUCUGUGGGGAGGAAAUGACUAGUGAAAAUGUGUUUCUUUUGAACACCUGCCCAAGCAUGUUUUGUAUGAGGGUGAGAGUAGCUCUAGCAGAGAAAGAAAUCAAGUAUGAAACUAUAGAUGAAGACCUGACUAACAAGAGCAAGCUACUUCUGGAAACGAAUCCGAUUCACCAGCAAGUCCCAGUUCUGAUACACAAUGGAAAGCCAAUCUCAGAGUCCCUCAUAAUUGUUCAGUACAUAGAUGAGGUGUGGCACCACAAGAACCCCUUGAUGCCAUCUGAUCCUCACAAGAAAGCUCAAGCAAGGUUCUGGGCUGACUUCAUUGACAAAAAGGUCUUUGGCCCUGCAAGAAAAAUAUGGAGUGCUAAAGGGGAAGAGCAGGAGGCAGGGAAGAAGGAAUUCAUAGAGAUCCUGAAGAUAUUGGAAGGAGAAGCACUUGGAGAUGGACCUUAUUUUGGAGGUGAGACAUUUGGUUAUGUAGAUGUGGCUCUGAUUCCCGUUUAUAGUUGGUUCUAUGCCUUUGAGACUUGCGGAAACUUCAGCAUAGAAGCAGAGUGUCCUAAGCUGGUGGGAUGGGCCAAAAACUGCAUGAAAAGGGAGAGUGUUUCCAAGUCUUUAGCUGAUCCUAUGAUUGCGUACGAGACUGUUUUGUUCUUGAAGAAACUGUUUGGGAUUGAAUGA